AUGUCGCCAUAUCUGUCAGUGCGUGUGUGGUGCCGUGAGGACGCGCACGACAAUGUGAGGACGCACGAGGAGCGGAUCCCGAGCCGAUGUCCUGACGGGCUGAUGGGGGCCGACGGCAGCAAACACAGGAAGAGGCCCACUGAGGGGCAGGAGGACGAGCCCUGCCCAUCUGGAUGGCGUGGCUUCCUCUCCAGCAUGGGCUUGUCAAUCCCAGCAGCACUAUGUCGCCUGGCCCCACCUGGCCUGCGCCUGGGCCAGCACCGAAUGCUCCAAGGCAAGUCCCCUGACAUCCCGGAGCACGUCCUGAGGUUGGCGGGAGUCGGCCCAGACAAGCUGAGAGCGGAGUGGAGCCUGCCGGGGUUCAUUAGUAUGUUCCUGCCCGAAUAUCCCCACAGAGCCCUUCCUGGGCAGGAACACUUUCAGGUGUUGGGUUAUAUCGCCAAAGGUUCAUUUGGACCCAUUCUGAAAGUAAAGGACAAGUCCAAACGGAAAACAUAUGCUGUCAAAGUUAUUCCUAAAUCAGAGAUACUGAGACUCGGGGUCUUAGAGCAGUCAAAAGAGGAAGUAAUAAUCCAGCGUCAGGUUCGCCACCCAUUUGUCCACGACCUCGAGGACUGCUGGCAGACACAGCGCCACCUCUACAUUAUGUGCGACUACUGCAGCACGGGAGACCUGUACACCUACUGGCAGAUGAUUGGUCAGUUCACAGAGGACACAGUACGAGUGUUUGCAGCGGAGUUGGGAUGUGCGCUCGGCUUUCUGCACGACUUUGGGAUCAUUCACAGAGAUGUAAAGAUGGAGAAUAUUCUGCUGACAGACAACGGACACCUCCGCUUAGCUGACUUUGGUUUGUCCCGUCGCCUGGAGAGAGGAGGACGAGCCUUUACAAUCUGUGGAACAAUCCAAUACAUGGCCCCAGAGGUGCUGAGUGGUGGACCCUAUAACCACGCAGCUGAUUGGUGGUCGCUGGGCAUUUUGCUUUUCUCAUUGGUUACUGGGAAGUUUCCUGUGCCUGCAGAAAUAGACCACUGCAGUAUGCUGAGGAAAGUGCGGGGUUUCCCCUAUGAAAUGCCCCUGAGCUUCAGCUCCCCAUUUGCCUUGCUAAUAACCGAGCUUUUGUGCAAGACUCCCGCCCGCCGCCUCAGGACCAUCGAUCGUUUCAAACGACAAACCUUCUUCUACGGAUCAACCUUCGACCUCGCUCUGCUGCAGCGCCAGCCCGUAGAGGUGAUUCUGGAGCUGAGAGAGAGGCCUGACCGAGCCGCCAAAGCUCGACGAGGCCUCACUUUGUCUCUGCAGCCACUUAAAGGCUUCGACUAUGACUUCCUGCUCAGCCCGCCAGCCACACCGGACACACAGCUGGACGCCGACACACAAACUCACGCUGUUGCACCGCUGCCCGGCCCGGCACUCCCACUGAAACCCACUCAGGAAAAUGUCCCACACAGAGAAGUGUUUGUGUGAUGGACUGAGAGUUUAUGAUUAUUCACCACACUAAAGAUAAAGGCCAACAACAGUAUACUUCUGCACACUUCUUACUCACCCUGAGACACUGGUGUGGUGCGCCUUGUAAAAUGUCUUAUUUAGUAAAAGCCAAAAUAGCUGAUUACAAUUUUAUUGUAUCUAUGGUUUUAAAAGGAAAAGAUUCAGUUCAGUAAAAAACAGUACAUUCCCAUUUGUAUCGGCAAGUUCUCUUUUUUUUUGUGCUGUACUGAACACAAUUUUUUACUUGUUUGCCUUUCUCCAACGAGCACCUUUUCACGCCUACAGUGGUUGCUCAACAAAUGUGCAAGAAAGAUUACACUAUUGUCCAUCUUCUUUCAGUUUUUACAGCUUUCUGGUCACAGUCGCCCUGUUAGGACAUAAUGUACGACUGCUCUGAAGUUCACUCCACAAUGCACAACACGUCUUUUCUUUCUUUAAAAAAAGGGAACAAAAUUAGGUAAUUCUGAAUAAGCCUGUCCUCUAUGCGUUCUUCACACUGCGAUACAACCUUUUCAUAAACUUGACGUUUUUACUGCCUAAACUCUGUCGCAGCAGAAAUGUCUCUCCUCCUCUUCUGUACUUUGUAAAAAAUCAACUACUUUAUCAUUUACAACGUGUCUCAGGGGAGCACUUACUGGUUUUCUCAAGUCAGCCUUGACUCUGACUCCAAGAUGGCUGAUGCAGACCAGAGCUGGGACUGUAAGGGUUGAAUGAACAACAAUUGUUUACCUUCACUGACCAUUUUGAUAGAUACAGGGCUUUUUCUAUUGUCCAUUAUGAACCCUAGCCAGUAAUCACACCUUCAUGCACUUACCUGAUCAUCAGAUUAUGUAACUGUUCUGUAAAGCAUGCCCUGAUGUGUACCCAGAAGGCCUCACGGUGAUCCCGACCUCGCUAUUAAUGGCACAAAGAUCCUUAUCUAUAAAUUCCUCUUUACAAAGUUUAUAUGAAUAUUUUGGAUGCUAUUUGAUGUUAUAUGUUAUGUUACGAUGUAUUUUUUUAAUUACCAUGUAGCACAGAUGGAAUAUUAAACUCUUAAUAUACAGGGAUUUUCUGGUUUUUAUCUGCAUUUAAUAAGCACUGUGAAUAAACACGCCCUGAUACACUGGUGAA